AUUGUUAAAUCUCAAUGGUAUAUACGUUGCAAAGAUAUGGCUGAACGUGCUUUGAAUGCAGUGAGUAGUGGCAGUUUAAAGAUUGUACCUGAAUCACAUGUGAAAACUUGGAAUAAUUGGCUUGGGGAGAUUAAGGAUUGGUGUAUAUCACGUCAAAUUUGGUGGGGCCAUCAAAUACCAGCUUACUUUGUGACUAUAAAUGAACCCGGUAGAAUUGAAGCGGAUCCUUCCGAUGAUACAUAUUGGGUAUCUGCGAGGAACGAACAUGAAGCAAAAUCCAAGGCUGCGAGCAAGUUUGGUGUUUCUGCUGAUAAAAUUACUUUGAAAAGAGAUGAAGAUGUGCUUGAUACUUGGUUCUCUGCUGGAUUGUGGCCUUUUUCUGUUAUGGGUUGGCCUGAAAAGACUGCAGAUAUGCAAAAUUUCUUUCCUGGUCAUUUGAUGGAGACUGGUCACGAUAUAUUAUUUUUCUGGGUUGCUAGAAUGGUAUUUUUGCAUGCAAUGGUACGAGAUGCUCAUGGCCGAAAAAUGAGCAAAUCUUUAGGAAAUGUAAUUGACCCUUUGGAUGUAAUAUAUGGAAUAUCACUUGAAGAAUUGCAUAAACGAUUGGAGGAUGGAAAUUUGGAUUCAAAAGAAUUGUCUACGGCUAAAGCUGGCCAGCGUCGUGAUUAUCCUCAAGGUAUUCCAGAAUGUGGAACAGAUGCACUUCGAUUUGCAUUAAUGGCAUAUACAACACAAGAUCGUGCUAUUAAUCUGGAUGUUCUUCGCGUACGUGGUUAUCGAUUUUUUUGUAAUAAAAUAUGGCAAGGUGUUCGCUUUGUUUUUUCACAAUUAGGCAAUAAUUUGAAUGAAUAUAAACCUGAAGCAGCUUUUAAGCGUUAUCCUGACAUUGAAACGAUGACAGAUAGAUGGAUACUCUCUCGUCUUGGAAAAUGUGUUGCUGACUGCAAUUCAGGCUUUAGCAAAUAUAAUUUUCGACAAUUAACAACAGCACUUUAUCAAUUUUGGUAUUAUGAGUUUUGUGAUGUUUAUUUGGAAUCAUCAAAGCCUAUAUUUUUUGCAGGAAAUCAAGCCGUAGAAAAUGGUUGUUCUAACAAACAAAUAGAAAUUGUACGUCAUAUUUUGUAUCAUUGUGUUGAUACUUUUCUUCGAUUAGCUUCACCAAUAAUGCCAUUUAUUACUGAAGAACUUUGGCAACGAUUACCAAAAAGGCAAAAUGAAAUGGCAAAAAGUAUUUGUGUUGCAGCAUAUCCAGAACCAGAGCAGUAUUCUUUUCAUGAUGAGGAAGCUGAAUCUAACGCCGAAUUAAUAAGAAAAAUCGCACUGGCUAAAGCGAAGGGUUCAUCGACGACAAAAGAUUCAUCAGAACAAUGUUCAGAAAUGAUGAAUGAUGUUGAAAAAAAUAAUUGUACAACAUAAUGAGCUUUUAUAUUUGUUGAAAA